CUUCCCUGGCACAAGAAGGUCAUGGGUUUGAAUCCCACCUUGAGGAAGGUACUUACCCUAAACCAGUGAGUGAGUGAGUGAGUGAGUGAGUGAGUGAUGCCUUUUUGUUUGAAUGGGCAAAAACUGUAUGUAGUUUAACACUGGAAGUUACUUUGGAGAAAAGGUGUGGAUCAACAACUGAUUUGUCACUUGAGUGGCAGCUCAUCAACAAGGACAUUCUUUGCUGUCAUUAUUAGUGUCGAACCUCGUAAUAAAUGGGUGAUGGGUGUUUUCUGAAACCGAAAGCGCCUCCAGGUAUAAGUAGCACGAACCUCUCGCGCACUGGCAGGAGCUCUCGCACCAUGGCUCUGCUCAAGUGUCUUUGCUCCCUGGUUCUGCUGGCUGCUCUGGCUGAGGCAUGCGGUCAAGCCCCCCUGAACACUGGCAAGGUCUCGGGGCCGGUUGCCGCCCCGGGGAGCUGGCCCUGGGUGGUCAGUAUGUCAGAUACGGGAUACUUCGCGUGUCAAGGGUCCCUCAUCAACAACCAGUGGGUCCUGACUUCUGCCUACUGCUUCGUAUUUGGCAGCUCGAACCCCGGCGACUGGCUUUUUUAUCUGGGUCGACAGAAUCAGAGCGGUAACAACCCAAACGAGGUGUCCAGAACCCUCAGUAGGAUCAUCCUUCAUCCGGAUUUCCGUACCAAUUCAUAUGAGAACAUUAUAGCUCUGGUCCAGCUCUCCUCCCCGGUCAACUUCAACGACUACAUCCAGCCCGUCUGUCUGGCGCCCAACGGCAGCACCUUCUACAACAGCACCGACAUGUGGGUCACCGGGUGGGGGGCCAUCGAUGUGCCAUGUACUGGCACCACAUCCAGGCUUUGCUGCUUCACCUUGGCUUUGUUCACCUGCACCCAACCUUCUGUCCACACGGUACAUGAGCUGGCACUGCAGAGGCGGUCUAAGCGUCGUUUGGAGAAGUGAUGUGAUGCCCCCCAGUAGCAGCCUCUGGUUGAUGCCUCCGCAUUUACCUGCAUAGGCGCACACACACACACACACACACACACACACACACACACACACACACACAGAGUAUUACGAAGGAAGGAAACUUUCUGUGGCUGCCUGUUACACCACACAAAUAUGUUUGAAGAGAACAAUGUGACGUAGCUGUGCUUUAAUUCAUCGAUUUGUUUCUUUCUCAUGUGUUUUAAAAUGUGUUAUAAAACU